AUGCCCAAGUCCAAGGGCUGGUUGCAGCUCCAGAUGCGUGUUGGUGAUCUCGAGUCCCUCCUGAACACAGAGUACCACAUCUUUGAGAACAAGCAAACUACUAGGCAGUACUUGGGCUCUGAAAAGUAUCAUUUGCCAGCUGAGAUCGCCGAGCACAUGGAUAUGAUCACACCUGCUGUAUCCAUGUACACCCUCGCUGGGACUGAGCGAGCUGGUAGCAGCGUGGCUCGCUGCGCGAUUGACAUGGCGGAUGCGGAGCUUCAGUCCAACGACGCUAAGCCAUGCGGUGACACCGUUACUCACGAAUACAUCAAGACAAUGUACAAGAUUCCCGAUGCGCCCGCCAAGGCGAAUCCCAAUAACGUCAUGGGUUUGUUCGAGUCGGGGCUCUCAAGACCCAACCAAACAGACCAUGAUGCAUACUACAAGCUCGCCAACCUCAAAAUCCCUGCAGGUUUCGGCGCAAAAGUUGACAUGAUUAACUUUGACAACACCAGCCACGUCAGCACCUCCCCCGAAAUGCAGCUCGACAUGGAGGCUGCAUACCCCAUCUUCUACCCUCAGAACAUUAAGGUUUUCCAAAUGAACAACACAAAGUCAGACUUGUACAACCAUUUCCUGGAUGCUAUCGGCGGGUCUUUCUGCGAUGUUCCCAACCCUGAUCCAGACACCGGUGCGCACGUCUGUGGUGGCUAUAAGGCCCCCAAUGUCCUGUCCAUCUCAUACAACCUCGUCGAGGACGCCUACUCCCUAAAGCAGUCAAUCCGUCAAUGCAACGAGUGGAUGAAACUAGGCCUUCAAGGCACUUCUGUCUUCCAUUCAACCGGCGACACUGGCGUAGCUGGGCCCUUUCUCGGCUUCUGCUCAGGUAAGGAUAGCGCUGUUUUCAACGCUGCCACACAGGUUGCCUGCCCAUAUAUCACUACUGUUGACGGCACAGAGCUACCGCGCGGCGCAGAUGCCUCGAUGCCGCAACAGGUCGCCAAUCUCAGCUACUCUGGUGGCGGUGGCUUCUCCAACUACUUCCCUCGCCCCUCGUACCAGGACGCUGCCGUCUCUGAGUACUUGAAAAACCACGCACGUGCAUUCCCAAGCUACAAUAAGACUGACGGUACGCUGCCAGCUGAUGGCAGCAACGGCGUUUUCAACCGCGGCGGCCGCGCCUUUCUGGUUCUCUCUGCCGUCAGCGCCCGCGGCUUCAUAUACAUCUACGGAAAGACUCACCUCACUGGUGGCACCUCUGUGUCUACUCCCAUCGUCGGAGCUAUGUUCAACCUGAUCAACGAGAACCGCUUGGCCGCCGGUAAGAGCGUUGUUGGCUUCGUAAACCCUGCUCUCUACAAGAACCCUGCCAUGUUCAACGAUAUCACACAUGGCGGCAUUCGCAAAGAUGAAGGGUUUGCCUGCAACGGCAACAGCUUUGAUGCCACCCCUGGCUGGGAUGCCGCCAGCCGCCUAGGUACUCCAACCUUUCCCGUCAUGUCCAAGUACUUUAUGAGCCUAUAAAAGUACUGGUAUGGCAAAUGAGAUCACUGAAUUGUGUAUACCUGUUUUGUUGUACAAUGUUGGAAUAUAAUUGCUUCAGACGCUACAGUGACCCAUUACUUUCCGUCCUAGAGUAACGUAUGUAGUUUAGUUCACAAGGACUCCCUAUGAUUCCAUCUCAAUUCUUCCGCUGCGUAACUUCUACCGUCUCAACCUGCACAGCGUCCAUCUCAUCCUCUUUUAAGCUCCGGCUAGUGUUUGUCGUCGCUGGCCCGUCGAAGAUCUCAGCACAUCUCUUCAAGAGUACGACCCUUGGUUUCAGGCACCCAGAGAUAAAUGCCAGCGACCAGGAAGGCGAGAAUUACCGUAAAGACAAUGUAAUACCGCCAGCCCAUGUCUCGCAUGGCAAUAGGAUGAACAAACAUGCCACUGAUCAAGCCAGCAUAGGUGCCAAUAUAGUUGACGGACAUGCCGCGACCUCGAAGGCUAUAGGGGAAGAUCUCGACGGUGUAGGCGAUGGGAAGGGGCUUCCCAUUUUGCCCGACGCCACGUUUUGUUACUGACGCUAACUUGGCAUCGCAGUAAGAGGCAUAGCAGAUAGAAUAAAUUUGUAUAUGCCUUUAGAUAUCGUUUGAAAACGUCUUAAUUAAACACACACCCAAACCUAACAACACCUACG